AUGUCUUUGCUUUCAUCACGAGCGCAUCCCUCUGAGAGUUUGCUUCUCAAGUCAAGGCGCUCUCGCUCACUCCUCACCGUGACGGGUCUCUUACAGCCACGCCCUUCCAAGAGCCCAGAGCCUCAGCCAUGUACCGCUCACACAUCCUUCCAAGCCGCGCUUCCUACGGAACUCUGGUGCCUCAUCCUGGAUAUCGUCCCUACACUGGACCUUUUCAGUCUGUACAACACCUCCAGGUACAUGCGAGCGCUCACGGCUCCGCCGCUGGUGCGGGUCAUGGCAUCCAAAUCCCUUCGACUCUACUUUUACCAAGAAUAUGUCCGCCGGGUUGGUAUCGACUUCGUGUUUGACCAUUUUGAUCUAGAACGGGAUCGAGUCGUGUUCCGGCCCCAGAUCAUGGACCAUCAACACCGCUUUCGGUGCGGUUUGACACUGCAGAGUCCACAACUAGAGGAGAUUGCAGUCGAGUCCAUGACGAAAUCGACUAUAGCGACCCAUCAGGUCCAGCUUUCGAGGAGUCGCUACUACAUUGUACUCGAUAACAAAGCCGUACGGGAAUCAGCCUCAACAGCUUCAACAGUAUCUAUAUCUCAAUCAGCAUCAACGUUAGUAGCAUCGAAGCCAUUCCCAACCACAGGUUCAGGAGUAAGGGCGCCUGCAACACCUUCAUCAGAAACGCCAGAAGCGGUUGUAUCGGAGCCGGUAGAAGGACAAAGAGGUGGACCUCUCAAGCGAACCACCAUUACUGAUGAAAGAGGGUAUAAAGGAAGUAACAACUUUCUGGACAAAACCUGCCCAGUCCACAUCCGCAAGGAUGGGACCCGAGAGAUAGACGGUACCCGAUACUGUUUUCUGCAGAGCUACCCUUGGUCAUUACACUACCAAGUCGCCCGCGCACCCUUCAGCUCACGUUCAAGCGAGGCCGAAAACCACAGCGAUAGUGGAGGCAAGCCCAAAAAACGCGAGCAGUUUUUCUUCGACAUCCACGAAGAGCUCCGUGCUCAAGCCCAGCCUAGCGUGAGUGGGAGAGCGAAUGGUGACGGUGACGAUAACAGGAACAUCUCUCCUGAAGAAGGCUAUUACACCAAUGUAAAUAUGAGCUCUUGUAAAAUAUCCAGGCACCCAGGCAUCGCCCUUUGUGAAAUCAAUACUGCAACCACCAACACCUACACCAAAACCAACAGUACGGCGAACAAUGGACCGCGCUACUUCCGUGUACUCCGAUUCGAAUGCAGCAUGAACUUUUUGGAUCCCAAACGGGCAACGCGCAAUAUCAUCGGACGCUGGCUAGAGGGCAAAGUGCAUCGAUGGAAGAAGGCCCUGGCCAGCAAAAAGCAACCUCAGCAGCUCAGUGGUGCAGACGCAGGGGCCCCUGAACAGACCAACCAGACUACAGCUAGGGGCAAUAACAGCAGUAGGGUCAUUCACACGAUCGACAGCAUUCUCGGAAGUCCCAGCCUCACAAUAGCUUGUAACAGCAACAGCAACGGCAGCAGCAGGCAUCCAGCGCAGGACGGCAGCGCGGGGAUUGAUGGCAUUCAGCCUGCAACUCGUGAUCUCGAUGGCACUGCCCAUAGCCUGGUGAUAGUGCAGGCGUUUUAG